CGGAAAAGUCUCCUUCAUCGGUACAAUGGUCCAGGGCAAUUGCUUUGAAGUCAUUGUGUGGGGCUAACAGGUGAGUGUGUGUCUUACACUAAAGGGAACAUCGGGCAGCAUCGAACCCAUCGAGACGCAGAAGCUGCCAGGACCUUCAGUGUCGAUGCAGAGAGAAGCUGGCUGGCUCCACGAACACUCCUACAGAAAAUCAACCCUGUAAGAAGAGUCCAGAAGCUUAGAUGUUUUGUGUGACAUGGAGUUGGAAGAAGAUUUUGUGAAGCUGUUCAAGAAAUCACUGCGCACGUUCCCAUCCACUGGCCUGCCUAGCCUUCUGGCCUACAGACCUGAAUCGUUACGAGAAAUCUUACAGGCUGAGAUAGAGGAGGACUUUGCUCCAAGAUGUGAGUAUUGUGGCAGCCUGCUGAAGCCAUUCCCUUCCUUUGAAGACAUUUGCCCACUGUCACAGGAUUAUGAAUCAUUUUGCUGUGAACAUAAUCGAGACCUCUAUGAGUUCAUCAUGAAUGAGAGGAAGAUCUGUAGAGGCAACUGGAACAUUCUCACUGAUGUUGGCCCCCAGAAGACCCAUGAGGGGAAGACCCACAAAGGUGCCUGGAACAUUCCCAUUGAUAUCGGCCUCCUUAAGUCCCAUGAGAGGAAGACCCAUGAAGGCAUCUGGAGUGUUCCCGUUCAUGUUAGCACCCAAGAGUCCCAUGAGGAGAAGACCCAUGAACGUGCCAGGAGCAUUCCCACUGAUGUCAUCCCCAAUGAGUCCCAUGGUACCAAAGUCGACAGGCUGCUGUCAGAGGAGAGGGUGUAUGAGAGGCAGCUGGAGAGACGAUCAACCAGACAGUUAUUUUUGCAGGCAGCAAAGGCAGCAUUUGCAGCUAAACGUUUAAAUGAACCUGGCACAAUUUUCUACCAGCUUUCCCUGGAGCCCCCAUCACCAAACAGCUGGACGCUGAUGCCUGCUGAGAGAGCAGCAGAACCCAAGGAGGAGCCCAUCUCCUACAGCAUCACCUGCUGUGAUUUUACCUCUGUUGGUGGAAAGGCAAUGAAGAAUGAAUUGCUGGAAAAGUACUACAAACAUGGGGGGAAAUUCCUUACCAUGCUUCCAGAUGGAACAGUGCAGUUAUUCUAUCCAUCUGGAAAUCUGGCAAUCAUCGUUGUACAGAAGAAAAAAUGUCGUGUUUGCAUAGUACAGGAAGACAAGCCAACUUAUGCUGAAAUACAAGCACUAUUUAAGUCUGAUGGCAGAAGUACUUGCUAUUACCCAAAUGGAACUGUGUGGAUACACAUGAGCAUUCAGGGAGGGCAGUAUUUGGACCAAGCAGGCAGCAGGGUGAAGAGGUGGACAUGGCCAAACAGCGUCACGUCACCAGGACCCCAUGUCCCGCUGAAACCCAUCUUCAUCUCCCUCAACCGGCACGUGGGGGUCAGGAUCCUGGGCCAGGAUAAGAUCGCUGUUUCCUUCCUUGCCAUGGGGCAACAAGCAAAAUUCAACAUGGGAACCAAAGUGCAGGUCAGCGAUGUCAGCCAGCUGCCUCCCCCUGCCCCGCUGAGUGAAGAUGAGCUCCUGCUGCUUGCCUUCAGGGUGAGGAUCCUGCAGCUCUUCGACAGACUGCGUGGAUGCUUAAACUUUCCUUCUAGUGAGCAAUGGGACAAACUGAAGCCUCCCGCAUACCUUAUCACACAGACUUUGAAGAUCUUACAGCUUUGCACAAGUUCUGACGUAAGCGAUGAGCUACGCAGCUCAGUCGGGGCAAUAAUAAAUGCUGAAGUCUGACCAGCAA